GAGAAGCAGAAUGAGGCUCGCUACCUACGGGACCACAAAGAAGAGCUUAUAGAGGAACUCGCCACAACCAUCGUACAAAAAGUACGUUUUAUGUUUGGAGUUUGGUGUGACGUUUUUGGUGACAUCACAUUAACAUUGCCCUCUCUCGCUCUUUCUCUUUCUCUCCCCCCUCUCCUUCUCUCUCCCAGAUCAUCCAGAGGAGGAAGCAUUCCGAGAUGCAGACGGAGUAUGACUUUGUGUGGCCACAGAGCCAGGGCCAGCCCCAGGGCAGUGAGCUGUCCUCCCCCAGCCUGCCCCCUCACAGCACCCUGGCCCAGGCCAACCGGACCCACCUCAAGAGCUCCUACUCCCUCUGGGUCAGUCUGGGUGGAAGCCCUCACUACACUAGGCUAUGUUGCGUUAUGCUACGCUACAUUCCGUAACGCUACACUACACUACGCUACCGUGCACCACACUACGCUAUAUUACACACUUUUCUAUGUUACAUUACACGUCACAACGUUACGUUACACUACACUACGCUACCCAGCACUACAUUACACAACACAGCACUACAUUACACUACACUGCACUACACUACAAUACAGUACACUAAGCUAUGUUACACUGUACCGCAAUGCACUGCACUACACUACACUAUUCUACAGUACACUAUACUACGCUGCACUACAUAAGCUACACUACCCUACACUACACUACCCUGCACUACACUACCCUACACUACACUACCCUACACUACACUACCCUGCACUACACUACCCUACACUACACUACCCUACACUACCCUACACUACCUACCCUACACUACCCUACACUACACUACCCUACACUACACUACCCUACACUACACUACCCUACACUACCCUACACUACACUACCUACACUACACUACCCUACACUACCCUACACUACACUACCCUACACUAAACUACACUACGGAACGCUACCCUGCACUACACUACCCUACACUACACUACACUACGGAACGCUACCCUACCCUACACUACACUACCCUACACUAAACUACACUACGGAACGCUACCCUGCACUACACUACACUAUGGAAUGCUACCCUGCACUACACUACCCUACACUACCCUACACUGCACUAUGUUACACUACCCUACACUACACUGCGCUACAUUACACUACACUACCAAACGCUACCCUGAACUACACUACCCUACACUACACUACACUACACUAUGGAACGCUACCCUACCCUACACUACACUACACUACACUACACUAUGCUAUACUACUCCACAAUAAGCUCCACUAUAAUAUACUAUACUAUACUACACUAAAGUAAGCUCCACUAUACUACACUACAAUACACUACACUUUUUCCUGACCAUUUGACCUGACCCAGGAAAUACUGGGCCCUAAAUAUAGUCUCUAGCUAGAGCCUGGUCAGGAAAAACUGCUGUCCCUAGUGAUGAGAUAUGAGGACAGACAGGGUUGAGGUCUGGCUGCCAAAAUAAGGGAACCGCCAAUAUAAAGUGGUGUUGGGCCACCACGAGCCAGAACAGCUUCAAUGCACCUUGGCAUAGAUUCUACAAGUGUCUGGAACUCUAUUGGAGGGAUGUGAUACCAUUCUUCCAUGAGAAAUUCCAUCAUUUGGUGCUUUAUUGAUUGUGUUGGAAAACGCUGUCUCAGGCGCCGCUCCAGAAUCUCCCAUAAGUUCAAUUGUGUUGCGAUCUGGUUGAGAUCUGGUGACUGAGACAGCCAUGGCAUGCAAAUGGUUUACGUCAUUUUCAUGCUCAUCAAACCAUUCAGUGACCACUCGUGCCCUAUGGAUGGGGGCAUUGUCAUCCUAUGGGGGCAUAAUUUUUAGACAUGACCCUAAGAAUGAUGGGAUGUUAAUUGCUUAAUUAACUCAGGAACCACACCUGUGUGGAAGCACAUGCUUUUAAUAUACUUUGCAUCCCUCAUUUACUCAAGUGUUUCCAUUAUUUUGGCAGAUUUUGGCAUGAUUGCUGUUUGUACCUGUGAGCUGUACAGUAACUUACCAGGGAAACCUCUACACACACUCCCUGGGCCACAGAGGGAUGGGCUCCCUUUAUCAACGCUCUGCACACACACACACACACAAAAGUGUGCGCAGACACACACACAGGUGCGCACACAUAUACACAUGCGGUCACGCGCACACACACACACAUACGCUAUGAAUGAGCUCAAAGUGAGUGUGUGUCUGUAAACAGAGAUUUUUGAUUCAUAUUAGUUCCUCCUCUGCUGUUCUUGUCCGUAUUUGUAGUUCUCUGAUGCCCCCUGCUGACUCUUUAUAUGAAUCACAUCCAUGUGACUGGUGUUCGUCCCAAAUGGAACCCCAAAGGGCUCUGGUCAAAAGUAGUGCACUAUGUAAAAUAGGGUACCAUUUGGGAGGCAUCCUGAAAGUCAGUCUUACAAUGUACCAGGAUACCGGAAGAACACAAACUUGAGUUGCCAUUUCGUUUCAAUACCUUCUGACAUUUUAACCAAACAACCAGUUCACGUUCAGUUGGAUCGGUGAAUAACAGCACGUAGUCACUGUUAUCCACAUAGCCACCCAAACAAGCUAAUCUUUUCUACCUAAUCCUCAAGUUUUGUUUGGCUGGAACUGAAGCAUGGGAAAAUUGCUGCCCUGAACAAAAUUCUGCCACUGUGACAGUUAGCAUUUGAAGCUGGCCUUGGCUGGUAGACCCAACAUUCUGCAUUCUGUAUAAUUCUGUGUUACCUUUUCAGCACUUGUAGUUUUUAAAGUGUGUAGCCUAUCAUUAACAUGUUUUUGUAUUUGUUGUUGGUGCGUGUGUGUACAGAGGUCGCAGUCGGCAUUCUCCCUGACCAGUGAUGACUCUCCAGCGAAGGUCACUGAGGCACUAGUGGGGGCGGGGGCAGGGGAAGGGGGCGGGGUACAGGACUACACCUCUCUGAAGAAGGACACUGCCAGGGCCGCCUCACUGCCCAGCUGGAAGAGUGUGGACCGCCUGGACAACUCCAGUACGACACACACUGAAACAUGGGUCCCUCAUACAGUCACACACACAUUAGAGACAGAGACACGUCCAUAGCAGUCAUCCUUUUAGUCAGAUGCAUAACACUCUACACUCAACCCAGAGACAUGUCCAUUCUGUCACACAUGACAUGCAAAGAUGUCAGUAAUUUCACGUCUCUUAUUUGUACAGUCAAAAACAGUAUGUUACAUGCAACAGGACAAUUCCAUACCAUUACGCUCACAGGAAGAAUGCUGUUUUUGUCACUUAUGUAAAGCUUUGUAUAUGUUUGUCUGUGCUUGUAUGUAUGUAUGUAUGUAUGUACAGGCGCGUCCUCGGUUUUGCAGAGCCCUGACGGUAACUGGAUCGCUCUGCAGAGCUCUCAGCACUCCCGUCCCAGCCUACUGACCAAGAGAAAGUCGCUGGUGUUCAGCGUCCUGGAGAAAGAGUCUGGCGUGGUCUCAGCCUAUGACGAGAUGGGCUCUGAAUCCGAUCAGGAGAAUGACGAGGGGGGCUGGGGGACCGCGCUCCGCCAGUUUCGACGGAAACUCUCAGACGAGACGUACUACACGGACUCCCAACACGACCCGGAGUGGACGUACACCCCGGUCCACCUCUCGGUCACCUCGCCCUCCUCGGGCCAGUACACCAACACUGAGACCCUCAACUCGGACUCAGAGUCCACCUCGGUACCUUCCGCCCGCCCCCGCAAACCCCUCCAGAACUUGAUGGGAAAAAAAGGCCCUAACUCGGACCCGCAUCUUCAUCCCCAGCAAGCUCAGUACCACCAUCAUCAACACCAGAACCUCCCUUCGUACCCGCUCCACCCGGAGGCGCUGGAUGUGAACUUUAACCCCAAGUUGACGGGGGAUAGUAGCGAGGCGGAGGACAGCAGGCAGAGCGACCAGGUCAGGAGGUCGCGGAGACGCAGGAAGAGCAAGAGGGAACCGGCGGGGAACCAGGCCCACACACAGCCCCUCUACGCACAAUCUGUACAGGUGGGAGGACGACAGGAAGUUUAACUUGCCAUGACUGUGAUAUGCGGUUGUCUUGCCUACCUUAGUUGAACGCUUUGACAGUAAGUCACUCUGGCUGACAGUCUCUGCUAAACCCCCCCCCCAUGGGUUCACAUUUUGUUUUUUUGCGCUAGCAUUACACAGCUGAUUCAAAUAAUCAAAGCUUGAUGAUGAGUUGGUUAUUUGAAUCAGCUGUGUAGUGCUAGGGCAAAAACCAAAACGUGCACCCAGGGGGGGAAACCCUGUGCUAAAUUACUAAAAUGUAAAGAUAAGGAGCGUGUAGCAGCUACACCAAUCUCGUUCUCAUUUCUCAUUUACAGUAGUAAAUUGAGCUAUACAGAGAUUUUGGAUUUAUAAUAAUUUUUACUCCACCUCAUUUUUGUUGUUACAAAUGUCAGAAAAAUGUUUAAAGUCAUUGGUCAACCCUCAUAAGACUAUUGAGAAACAUUACCUCACCACUAUGUGGCAGAAAAGGACCAAUAUUUUUCAUAAAGAAAGAAAUUAACAUUAGGGUCUCUCUCCCUAUUGCUCUCUCUUUCUUUCUCUCGUUCUUUCUCUUUUCUCUCUCUCCUCUCUCUCUCACUCUCUCUCUCUCUCUCGCUCUCUUUCUCUCUCUCUCUCUCUCUCUCUCUCUCUCUCUCUCUCUCUCUUUCCUCUCUCUCUCUCCUCUCUCUCUUCUCUCGCUCUCUCUCGCUCUCUCUUUCUCUCUCGCUCUCUCUUUCUCUCUCCAUCCUUAGGAGAACAGUUUCCUGCUGAAUGCCCUGUUGAAGAGGGGCAUGAGUGAGGAGAUGGCCGCCCCUGAUGUGGUGCCCAUCCCUAAAACCUCCUCUGAGGUCAUGACCCCCGAGCCCAAGGACCAGGACACUAUGGCCCCUAACUCUGCGGCCCCCAACCCCCUUAACCCCAUGGCCCCUGGCCCACUGUCCCCCAGCAGCACUGGGCCCGGCUCUGGAGACACACUGGAGCAGGAGCUCCGCUCCAAACUGAGCCAGCUGGUUGGACGAGCCGACAGCAAAGAAGUAGUGAGCUCGUCCGAGGACGAGCCAAUCCAAAGUCCUGGAGGGAGAGACAGAGAAAGUGACAGACUGAAAGAGAAGUUGAGGCAGAAUGAGAGAGAACGAGAUCGGCAGAGACAGUGUGAGAGACCGAGAGACAGACCGAGCAGUAAAAGUCAGGAUAGGACGAAGAGAGAGACAAUCGAGUCAGUGAAAGGGCUGGAACUGAAAAAGAGAGAGCGACUAACGGAAAGGCCGACGUUAAGAGAGGAGGAGAGAGUGAAGGAGAGGAGGUUGGAGAGAGGAGGAAAGAGUUUGGAAGAGAAAGUAGAUGACAGAGAAGAGAAGACAGUGGAGAAGAACAGGCAAAGUAAGAGACCACAGAGAAAAGAGGUGGACAGAAAGACCGAGAAAAAGGGGGAACAAGUGGAAGACCAAAAAGAAAAGAUCAGAUCCACGCCCACCUCACCUUCUAUUUCCCCAUCUGUCCAGGAGGGGGUGCUGUGUGACGGACAGGUGAGCAAAGAGAGGCGGAACAGGAACUCAAUGUUUCAUAUUUCGCUUUAGCCAUAGAGUUGGCUAGAGGGCCAAAUCUAGGGAUAUGGAUACCAGGAUAGGGUUACUUGGCCCAAAGCCUGUUUUAGCAUGGGUAAAGAUAGGAGAUGAGCUCUCGAGUACAUCUAUGGCUCUAUGGCUUUAGCCUACCAUCAAUGUCCUGUUUGUCCUCACCUAAACACGGCAGGGGGGCUACCCUUAGUUAUCUUUCAAUCUGAUCUUAAACUGUCUCUGUAUCGUACUCCUCAUUUCACUCCUUUAUUUCCCCUCCCAUUUCUUCUGUCUGUACCUUCUACUCAUCCCUAAUGUCUUUCUCCCUGCUCGCUUACCUCUUCUUACCUCUUCUCUCAUCCAUAUUUUGCUGUGCCAUCCAUGUCCCACCUCUCUCCCUUUCUCCUGUCUGUCUCUCUGUCCGUCCGUCGGUCCGUCCAUGCGUGUCUGUCUUGUCUGUCAGGAGGGACAGAAUGGGUUGGAACUACAGCGGAGGCUAUAGUUGCUCUCCUCUCUCUUACAGCAGGUGAAAUCUACUGUCUCUAUAACACAGGCCCCGGUCAGGACAUCACACACACGGGCACACGUAUGGGCACACACACAUACACACAUACACACACACACACACACACACACACACAUAGACCUUCUAUGCAACAUGAGUCAUGACUAAGUCCCAACCUUAACAUUCACUUGAUACACCAAAACUAUGAAAUUACUGUGAUUGACGUACAGUCAUGGUCAAAAGUUUUGAGAAUGACACAAAUAUUAAUUUUCACAAAGUCUGCUGCCUCAGUUUUUAUGAUGCCAAUUUGCAUAUACUCCAGAAUGUUAUGAAGAGUGAUCAGAUCAAUUGCAAUUAAUUGCAAAGUCCCUCUUUGCCAUGAAAAUGAACUUAAUCCCCAAAAAACAUUUCCACUGCAUCUCAGCCCUGCCACAAAAGGACCAGCUGACAUCAUGUCAGUGAUUAUCUCGUUAACACAGGUGAGAGUGUUGACAAGCACAAGGCUGGAGAUCACUCUGUCAUGCUGAUUGAGUUAGAAUAACAGACUGGAAGCUUUAAAAGGAGGGUGGUGCUUGAAAUCAUUGUUCUUCCUCUGUUAACCAUGGUUACCUGCAAGGAAACACGUGCCGUCAUCAUUGCUUUGCACAAAAAGGGCUUCACGGGCAAGGAUAUUGCUGCUAGUAAGAUUGCACCUAAAUCAACCAUUUAUCGGAUCAUCAAGAACUUCAAGGAGAGAGGUUCAAUUGUUGUGAAGAAGGCUUCAGGGCGCCCAAGAAAGUCCAGCAAGCACCAGGACCGUCUCCUAAAGUUGAUUCAGCUGCGGAAUCGGGGCACCACCAGUGCAGAGGAAUGGCAGCAGGCAGGUGUGAGUGCAUCUGCACGCACAGUGAGGCGAAGACUUUUGGAGGAUGGCCUGGUGUCAAGAAGGGCAGCGAGGAAGCCACUUCUCUCCAGGAAAAACAUCAGGGACAGACUGAUAUUCUGCAAAAGGUACAGGGAUUGUCUGCUGAGGACUGGGGUAAAGUAAUUUUCUCUGAUGAAUCCCCUUUCCGAUUGUUUGGGGCAUCCGGAAAAAAGCUUGUCCGGAGAAGAGAAGGUGAGCGCUACCAUCAGUCCUGUGUCAUGCCAACAGUAAAGCAUCCUGAGAACAUUCAUGUGUGGGGUUGCUUCUCAGCCAAGGGAGUGGGCUCACUCACAAUUUUGCCUAAGAACACAGCCAUGAAUAAAGAAUGGUACCAACACAUCCUUCAAGAGCAACUUCUCCCAACCAUCCAAGAACAGUUUGGUGACGAACAAGGCCUUUUCCAGCAUGAUGGAGCACCUUGCCAUAAGGCAAAAUGAUAACUGAGUGGCUCGGGGAACAAAACAUCGACAUUUUGGGUCAAAGGCCAGGAAACUCCCCAGACCUUAAUCCCAUUGAGAACUUGUGGUCAAUCCUCAAGAGGCGGGUGGACAAACAAAAACCCCACAAAUUCUGACAAACUCCAAGCAUUGAUUAUGCAAGAAUGGGCUGCCAUCAGUCAGGAUGUGGCCCAGAAGUUAAUUGACAGCAUGCCAGGGCGGAUUGCAGAGGUCUUGAAAAAGAAGGGUCAACACUGCAAAUAUUGACUCUUUGCAUAAACUUAAUGUAAUUGUCAAUAAAAGCCUUUGACACUUAUGGAAUGCUUGUAAUUAUACUUCAGUAUACCAUAGUAACAUCUGACAAAAAUAUCUAAAAACACUGAAGCAGCAAACUUUGUGAAGACCAAUACUUGUGUCAUUCUCAAAUCUUUUGACCAUGACUGUAGACCGCACACACUAACACACACUCAGGCACACAUGCAUCUAUCUGAUGAUUCCUCCUUUUACAAUGCUUUCUCAGACACCCUGUCACAAGUAAGGCAUGAUCAAGUGAGACAUGCUUGUUUUGUCAAGGACCAUAAUGGUAUUAGUCACUCUCUCUCUCUCUCUGCUCUACUUCAGUUGUUUGUGUCCCAAAUAGCGCCCUAUUCCUUCUAUAGUACACUACUUUUGACCAGUGCAUGUAGUGUGUAGGAUAGCAUUUGUGAUGCCGAUUUGUUCUUAUCGAGAUGUGUCCUAUUUUAGGAAUAGAUAGGGAGUGAAAGAGGGAGUGAAAAGCUGAUGGUGCUGAAUUCAAUUUAGACAUAUGAAGCCGAUUGCAUUAGCUAAUAUACUUGUUUCAUUUAUAGUGCUUUUCUCUUUUAUUCUUCUUUCAAUACAUUUUAGGCAUUUGGAAAGGGCAGAGGCUGGGGUAUGAAUGGCAGACUUACAUAAAAGGUGUGAAACUAGUAGAAAUACUUGAAAGGACUAAUAAGUAGUUAUUUUGGUAUCUGUACUUUACUAUUUAUAUUUUUGACAAGUUUUACUUUUACUCCACUACAUUUCUAAAGAAAAUACUUUACCUGACACCCAAAAGUACUCGUUACAUUUCGAAUGCUCAGGCAGGACAGCAAUAUGGUCCAAUUCAUGCACCUACCAAUAUCACGCGUUGUCAUCCCUACUGUCUCUGAUCUGGCGGACUCACUAAACACAAAUACUGCGUUUGUAAUGUCUUGUAAAGUCUUGGAGUGUGCCCCUGUCUGUCCGUAAAGGUACAAAAACAAGAAAAUCGUGCCGUCUGGUUUGCUUAAUAUAAGGAAUUUGAUGUAUAACAUUUACUUUCAUUUGUUACUUUUACUCAAGUAUAAAUAUGGAUGGAUUGAUAUACCAUGAUAUCCCACACACCCACACACUACUAAAAGGCUUCUCUGGAAUGGGGUGCUAAUCUGGGUAAAGUCCCUUUUUAUUCCAAAAGAGGAAAAGUGACAACAUCUUCUCCCACAAAAUAAUGACCACAACAACAACGUUUUCAAUUCAUGGUGCUCUUGUUUCUAUUUUUUAAAAGGUGAUGUAUUAAUUUUUUUAUAAAUAAGAGCACCAUGAAUUGAAAACGUUGCUGUUGCGGCCAUUUGUGGAAGAUGCUGUCGCCGUCCCUCUUUUGGAAUAUUAAAGACACUGUAAAGUAAAUUUGCAUAGCUCUCCACUUGUUUGAGAUAUGACUAAGUAUCAAAAGGAUAGAUCUGCAGCAUGUUCAUAUCACCCAAGUGUAGCACAUGGUGAUAUGUGAAACGUACUCCUCAGCCGUAAGUGUCCCGCUUGCGUCGCCUCAUUAUCUAGCUUUUGAGGUGGCUCAAUCGGCUAAGACGCUUGAGGGAGGGCGGUCACUUGUGUUUGUGAGGCAGAGAUCCCGAGUUCGAGCCAGGUAUGGGCCGAAUCGGAAGGAAGUGGUACUCGCAAAGCAAGCAGCGUUGAUGUCCUUUACACAAGCACACACUGCAUGGUAUCUCAGGAAUACUAGUGUGGAUGCACUUUCUAAAGUGCUUUCUAAACACAAAUGUCACAGUAGGAAAUUAGGCAUGUGUUGGGAGUGAUAAUGAUGUCUCUUUGUAAAGGAGGUGAUGGCCAAAACUCUCACUCCGGCUCCCAUUCUCCAUCGACCUACUUAGUCAGUACCGGAACUCUUUGCUCUCUAUGUCACCGCUGAGUGUUGAAAAGGAGCCGUCUCUCAUCUCGUCUCAUCUCAGACUCGAGUGCCACCCACUAACACCCCCUAACACCCACACUGUACACUUCCUUUCAGAGCCCACGCAGGUCACUAGCUAACUAACAUGUCUUAGAGAGAGAGAGAGAGAGAGAGCAAAAGCGGGUGGAUCAAUGCACUCAUUAGUCCCACAGAUCAAAGCUUCAAGCCAAUGAUUAACUCAAUAUUGAAUUACAUCUAUCUCUCUCCUUCUCCCUCUCCCCUCUCUCCUUCUCAUCUGUUCAGAUGUACUGUUCUUGUUUGUACUUUACAGUUGGAGUGUGGUUUGUUAUGUCGUAUAGGUUCCAGCCGGGACUGCACUUUCAUUUACCAUACAGUGCAUUCGGAAAGUAUUUAAACCCCUUGACUUUUUUACACAUUUUGUUAUGUUACAGCCUUAUUCUAAAAUUGAUUAAAUACUUUUUUUCCUUCAUUAAUCUACACACAAUAUCCCAUAAUGACAAAGAAAAAACAGGUUUUUAGAAAUUAAAAUUAAAAUAAAAAAUGGAAAAUUCACAUUUACAUAAGUAUUCAGACCCUUUACUCAGUACUCUGUUGAAGCACCUUUGGCAGCGAUUACAGCCUCAAGUCUUCUUGGGUAUGACGCUACAAGCUUGGCACACCUGUAUUUGGGGAGUUUCUCCCAUUCUUCUCUGCAGAUCCUCUCAAGCUCUGUCAGGUUGGAUGUGGGGCGUCGCUGCACAGCUAUUUUCAGGUCUCUCCAGAGAUGUUCAAUCGGGUUCAAGUCUGGGCUCUGGCUGGGCCACUCAAGGACGAAGCCACUCCUGCGUUGUCUUGGCUGUGUGCUUAGGUUCGUUGUCCUGUUGGAAGGUGAACUUUCGCCCCAGUCUGAGGUCCUGAGCGCUCUGGAGCAGGUUUUCAUCUCUCUGUACUUUUCUCCAUUCAUCUUUCCCUCAAUCCUGACUAGUCUCCCAGUCCCUGCCGCUGAAAAACAUCCUCACAGCAUGAUGCUGCCACCACCAUGCUUCACCGUAGGGAUGGUGCCAGGUUUCCUCCAGACGUGACGCUUGGCAUUCAGGCCAAAGAGUUCAAUCUUGGUUUCAUCAGAUCAGAGAAUCUUGUUUCUCAUGGUCUCAGUCUUUAGAUGCCUUUUGGCAAACUCCAAGUGGGCUGUCAUGUGCCUUUUACUGAGGAGUGGCUUCUGUCUGGACACACCUACCAUAAAGGCCUGAUUGGUGGUGCAGAGAUGGUUGUCUUUCUGGAAGGUUCUCCCAUCUCUACAGAGGAACUCUGGAGCUCUGUCAGAGUGACCAUCGGGUUCUUGAAUUUACCACAGGUGGACUCCAAUCAAGUUGUAGAAACAUCUCAAGGAUGAUCAAUGGGAACAGGAUGCACCUGAGCUUAAUUUCAAGUCUCAUAGCAAAGGGUCUGAAUACUUAUGUAAAUAAGGUAUUUCUGUUUUUUAUUUUGAAUACAUUUGCAAAAAUGUCUAAAAACCUGUUUUCGCUUUGUCAUUAUGGGGUACUGUGUGUAGAUUGAGGAACAUUUGUUGUUUAAUCCAUUUUAGAAUAAGUCAAGGGCUCUGAAUACCUUCCGAAUGCACUGUAUGUUAGGUCCACUGUCACCCUUACAUGACCUCUAUAACUUAAACCUAUUCAAUAAUGGAAUCUACUAAUAGAAAAGGUCAACAGCUCUCCUCCUCUUCUACCUGAAGCCUCACCCUGUUUUCCUCCACCUGAUCGCUCCUUGCAGGUCGAGCGUGAGUCGUGAUGAUGUGUGUGUGUUGAUUGGAGGUGUAUAAGCGCUGUGUGUCAAUGACUGACUUCCUGUAAACAUCUCACUCGGACCCUUCUACGACUCUUCUCUUCACUGUUUCAUGUUUUUACUCACUAAUCAUCUUUGUGCCUAUGUGUGCCUGACUUGUAUCUCUGUGUGUGUUUGUAUGUGGUGUCUCUCUCUCUGUGUGUGUGUGUGUGUCUUGACGUGUGUGUGUGUGUUGAACAGAAGUACUCGGCUGCAUCUCUGUGCAGUAUCACCACAGAGGUCCUGAAGGUGCUCAACGCCACCGAGGAGCUGAUUGGUGAGGCGGGGGGCGAUAGCGUCACCCCCUCAGAGUGCAUGAGCGCGUCUGAAUCCUUCUCCAGCUGCUUAGAGACCAGGAAGCUGGACCAGAAACUCACCAAGAUGGAGGAAAACGUGAGACCCACAGCCUACAUACAUCUGAAUGUUGGCGGUUGUCACUAUCUGGUCAUGCUAGAAAGGACCAAAGUGCAGCGCUUUCUAAACCCUAAACUGAAUCCUUACCAUAACCUCAACCAUAACCCUAGAUCAAGAGAAUAAAUAACCAAUGUGUACUUGCGCAUCUGAAGUCACUAUCUGAGCCACUUUUGUCCAUCCUAGCAUGACCAUAUAGUGACUAACACCUGUAUUAUUUAAUUUAAUGUAGAGGCUAAACAAGACAGGCCCUAGGAUAGAGCCCUGUGGGAUCCCAACGUUGUUAUGCGCCGUACCUGUGCCCAUUGAGCUCUCCUGUAACAUGUGACUUAUCCCUGCAGGUGUACCUGGCUGCGGGGGUGGUGUACGGCCUAGAGGGGGCACUGGGGGACCUGGAGGAGGUGGCCCGGGGCAUCAGCAGUGGCACCUCAGACAGAGAGCUGGCCUUCCUGGAGGACCAGGUGGCCACUGCCGCCACCCAGGUGCAGCAGUCUGAGCUCCAGGUAGGGGGUCCAUUCAUAUCCAAACGCCCAGUUGUUUCAAUGGCUGUGUUCCAUGCUGAUUACAUUUCAGAUGCAUGUCAGAUUUCACAACGCCUGUAUAGGUGUUUGACAUAUGAGCCAACCACAUCUUCUUUUGUUAUAUAUAUGUUUAAGGUAUUUUCGGACUUUAUUGAGCAAAGAGAGAGGAUGACUGUGGGGAAAGAUCGUUUGUGUCAAAGGGAAGUAGGUUGGCAUGUGUCCCGGAGGCUGCGCCUUAGACUGCUAGACCACCCUAGGCUACCAACCACAUGUUAUGAUAUAGCAAUUUGAUGCCCAACUGCAAUGUGGUCGGCCUGGAACGCGACCAAUGUCUGAUGGUCCUGUUAGAAUGCAGGCUUAAAUGGGGAGACUGGAGAGAAUGUGUAGGAUAUGUAAUUGUAUUCCACUGGUGUUUUCUAAAUUGUCCUUCAGGAGCAAAGUUAAUUAAAAUGAUCUGUUAACCUGAGCUUUGCUCUACAUGUACAGCAAAUAUAGUUUUACUUCAGGUCUGAUAUCCUUUUUCUGAAUCAUUUUUCAUCAUCCCCCUCCAGAUAUCAGACAUCGAGGUGAGGAUAUUAUCUUUAAAAACAGCUGGACUGAACGUCACCGCCUGCAAUCGUUUCUCCAAAUUCCCCACGCCAAAACCUAAGGUAGUAUUCUUCCACCGUACUAUAAUUACACACAAACACAGCCUAAUGGCCACUGUAUUCACCGCACUCAUCUGCUGUUUCUCUGUAGCCUCAAACCCUCGACACAUCACGCCAACAGAGGAGAAAGCUACCUGCCCCUCCAGUCAAAGGUAACGGACUUGUUGAAAUGAUCAGAAAGAAAACCUGGUUUGAAAACUUUUUUUGUUGUUGUUCUAUUUAAUCUAUUGACACCUCCAUUUCCCUUUUCUACUUUUGUUUAAUUAAGUUUAUAGGGUUGACUCCCCUUGUUGAUUGAAAAAGUACCAGGGCGAAAAAUGAUCCAAACGUUGUCACUUCAUAAAAUCUCAAAUCUUUCAGACUGUGAAAUGUCACACUGUCUCAAGGAGCAAGUUUUGCCUUUCAGCAGUCGUAAAACACACACACACCCUCUUAAUGCGCUGAUGUGCGUUUUACAUCGAUCGUGGCUCACAUCGCUGUGGCAACACAAUGUUGUCUGCUCCACAUAAUAACACACCCUUUUUCAUGUGUGGACGUUGGAUUGGAGAAGAAAAAAAAACAUGUAUUCACACUUAGAAGGCUAACAUCACACAUUUGGAUCUAAAGGAAGAGAUUUAAUGGACGGGAGACUAAAGGCACCAGCUAGAGAAGGAAGAAAGAGAAAGGUUCCAUUAGGAAAGAGAGAAGGAGCACAGAGAAUAAGAGACGAAUCGGACGGCUGCGUCAUCAACCGAUGGGGACACACUCCUUUUCAUGUUAAUUAAUUAUUAAUGGGGGUUUUCUUUAUGUUUGGCACCAUCACCGUAUCAGUGAUUCACUCUGUUUUUAGUUUUAGUCUCAAAGAAAAGCACAACACAUCAGAGGCAAAAUCAAAGAAGAACUCUCAUAUUGUCAUACAGCAUUGAUUUCAGAAAGGGAUCGUCAUUAGAUUAGCAUUUUGUAAUUAUUAUUUCAGUAAAGGACUCAUGUUUUACUGUUACUUGCUCUGUCUGGGGAACUUCUGUAUGGCCAAUUCUGAUUAAAUAUGACCAAAUACACUGAGUGUACAAAACAUUAAGGACACCUGCUCUUUCCAUGACAUAGACUGACCAGGUGAAUCCAGGUGAAAGCUAUGAUCCCUUAUUGAUGUCACUUGUUAAAUCCACUUCAAUCAGUGUAGAUGAAGGGGAGGAGACAGGUUUUCAAGGAUUUUCAAGCCUUGAGUCAAUUGAGACAUGGAUUGUGUAUGUGUGACAUUCAGAGGGUGAAUGGGCAAGAAAAAAUAUUUAAAUGCCUUUGAAUGGGGUAUGGUAGUAGGUGCCAGGCGCACCGGUUUGUGUCAAGAACUGCAACGCUGCUGUGUUUUUCACACUCAACAGUUUCCUGUGUUUAUCAAGAAUGUUCCACCACCCAAAGGACAUCCAGCCAACUUGACACAACUGUGGGAAGCAUUGGAGUCAACAUGGGCCAGCAUCCCUGUGGAUCGCUUUCGACACCUUGUAGAGUCCAGGUGCCGACGGAUUGAGGCUGUUCUGAGGCCAAAAGGGGGGGGGGGGGGAGUGCAACGCAAUAUCGGAAAGGUGUUCUUAUUGUUUUGUCAUUCAGUGUAUAUGCAAUGUAAACUACAGUUACCGUUAUACUGUGUAAUAGCUUCAUUUCUCAUUUUGACAACUCUCCUUAGCUACCCCAAUAGCUUAAUUAUAUGUUUAUAUGUAUAUCCUGGUCUUCUUCCAGAUAAGGAGUCUGAGCAGCAGGUGAGAGCACUUCAGCCGUAGUGACAGACAGACAGCACAAAAAGUCCCUCAAGGGCCCCGCAGGACCCGUGGACCCACGUGGGGCCUCUCAACUCCAGUGCCUUGAUCCAGCGUCCGCCUCGGGCUACGCAGGGGCUAACACCUGCCCUGUGCACCCCACCCAGCACUCUCCUCAGCCAGGCACGGCCCCAUCCUGUCACCCCCCUAAAAACGACCCCUUACCCUGCCUCCCCAGCCCAGGAUUGA